AUGUAUUGGCGGGUAGCGAGUCCCGUGGACAGCAUCCUCGACAAGGACAACUACACGCUCGAGGAGCUGCUCGAUGAGGACGAGCUCAUCCAGGAGUGCAAGUCGCUGAACAACCGGCUCAUCAUCUUCCUGAAGCAGCGGAGCUCUGUGGAGGCCUUGCUCCGGUUCCUGGUGGAGGUGCCCGAUGAGGAGGAGGACGACCCCAAGCGCCGGUUCAAGUACCCGUUUGCCGCCUGCGAGGUGUUCUGCUGCGAGGUGGAGGGCAUCUUCCAGACCCUGCUGGAGGACGAGGUCCUCAUGGACCUGCUCUUCUCCCUGCUGGCCUCCCCCCCUCCCCUCAACUGCAUGCUGGCCGGCUACUUCAGCCGUGUGGUGGGCUGCCUGCUGGCCCGGCACGUGGAGGAGGUGGGCGCCUACCUGCAGGCCCACCCCGCGACCCUGAAUGCGCUGUGCGCGCACUGCGGCACCACCUCGGUGGCCGAGGUGGUGCUGCUCCCGCUCCUGCUGCGCGCGUUGGGGCCCGAGGCGCCGCCCGACGCGGCGGCCAACGUGGCCGAGAUCCUGGCCGCCGUGGCGCAGUCGCCCGGAUCGCCGCUGGUGGCGCCCCUGGCGGAACCCGAGGUCCUGGCGCGAUUGGUCUACGGCAUGCUGGGCCGGCCGGUGGGUCACGUCCGGCUCAAGGCCGUGGAGCUGCUGGCCUCCCUGCUGCACACCGGCGACAGCGGCGCGGAGGAGGCAGUGAUGGCGACGGAGGGCGUGCAGCGUGCCAUGGCCCUGGUGCUGCGCUACCCCUUCAACAACGCGCUGCACCACGCCGCCACGCGCCUGCUGACCUCCUUUGAGGAGGAGGGCGGCGCGCUCGUACGCGAAGCCCUGCGCGCCAGCCCCGAGUGGGAGGCCUUCGUUCGGGACCAGCUGGAGCCGCGCAACGCGCUGGAGAGCGUGUUUGCCUGGCAGUGCGGCCGCCCCACCAUGCAUGGAGGCGACUCGUACCAGCACGACGCGUACCAGCGCUACGGCGUGUUCGAGGGUGACAUGGAGGGCGGCGAGGAGGAGGAGGACCUGGACGUGGUGGCCGCCUCGGCGCUGGCCACCGUGUCGGGGGGGAAUGGCGCGGGGCCAUCCCUGGGGCCGGUGUGGGGGCCGGGGCCUGGCAACGGCAACAGCCCGCGGGGCCCGGUGAACGACCUGGCCGCCAGCGUGGUGGUCGGCUCCGUGCGCUCGGCGUCCGACGGCGCGGACAUGGCCGACAUGUCGGACGAUGCCGUGCUGCAGGACGUGGAAGUUGCAGAGCAACUGGUGCACCUGCGCGCCGACUUCGAGGGCGCGCUGCACCUUCGCGACGCCCCCGGCGAGGGCGGCGCCGAAGGCGACGGCGAGGAGACUCGGCGCGGCACGGACGACGCGGGGCGGGAGGCGGAGUACGACGCCUUCCUCUUCUGGAAGACGGAAACCCCCCUUCAUACUUGA